AUGCCAAAACAUACUAAGACAGCCAUACUAUCAGUAUACGAUAAAACUGGUCUAUUGGAUUUAGCCAAAGGAUUGGUGGAAAACAACGUUCGUAUACUGGCAUCAGGUGGAACAGCUCAAUUGGUCCGUGAAGCUGGAUUCCCAGUAGAUGAUGUUUCCUCCAUUACUCAUGCUCCAGAAAUGUUAGGUGGCAGAGUGAAAACUUUACAUCCUGCUAUACAUGGUGGUAUCUUGGCAAGAAAUUUGGAAAGUGAUGAAAACGAUUUGAGAGCUCAAAAUAUUGAAAAAGUGGAUUUCGUCAUUUGUAACCUUUAUCCAUUUAAAGAAACUGUUUCCAAGAUAGGUGUGACAGUCCCUGAAGCCGUAGAGGAGAUAGAUAUCGGAGGUGUCACUUUACUUAGAGCAGCAGCUAAAAAUCAUACAAGGGUAACUAUAUUAUCUGAUCCAAAUGAUUAUUCUGUAUUCUUGUCUGAAUUGAACUCUAAUGGUGAAAUCUCACAAGAAUUAAGAAAUAGAUUAGCUUUGAAAGCCUUUGAACGUACUGCAGAUUAUGAUGCAACCAUUUCAGAUUUCUUUAGAAAGCAAUAUUCGGAGAAUAAGGCACAAUUACCAUUACGUUACGGUGCAAAUCCUCAUCAAAAACCUGCUCAAGCUUAUAUUACUCAAGAAGAAGAAUUACCAUUCAAAGUCCUUUGUGGUACUCCUGGUUAUAUAAAUUUAUUAGACGCUUUCAAUUCAUGGCCAUUAGUGAAAGAAUUGUCUGCAUCUUUAAAUUUACCAGCUGCUGCAUCUUUCAAACAUGUUUCACCUGCUGGUGCAGCUGUAGGUGUGCCAAUGACCGAAGUAGAAAAACAAGUUUAUUGCGUAUCUGAUAUUAAAGAUUUAUCACCUUUAGCAUGCGCUUAUGCAAGAGCUCGUGGUGCUGAUAGAAUGUCAUCAUUCGGUGACUUUAUUGCUUUAUCAAAUAUCGUAGAUGUCCCCACUGCAAGGAUCAUUUCGAAAGAAGUAUCAGAUGGUGUCAUUGCUCCAGGUUAUGAACCUGAAGCUUUAGAAAUUUUAUCGAAAAAGAAAAACGGGAAAUAUUGUAUCUUACAAGUGGAUCCAAAUUACGUUCCAGAUUGUAUGGAAUCUAGACAAGUUUAUGGUAUUACAUUACAACAGAAAAGAAAUGAUGCUAUCAUAAAUAAAUCUUCAUUUAAGGAAAUUGUCUCUGCAAAUCAAUCAUUACCUGAACAAGCUAUAAUUGAUUUGACUGUAGCUACAUUAGCAUUGAAAUAUACUCAAUCAAAUUCUGUCUGUUAUGCUAAAAAUGGUAUGGUCAUUGGGUUAGGUGCUGGUCAACAAUCAAGAAUCCAUUGCACAAGAUUAGCUGGUGACAAAGCUGAUAAUUGGUGGCUAAGACAGCAUCCCAAAGUAUUAGAUUUCAAAUGGGCUAAAGGUACAAAGAGACCAGAUAAAUCAAAUGUAAUUGAUUUAUUCGUUACAGGACAAAUUCCAGAAGAUGAACCGGAAAAGACAGACUAUGAAAGUAAAUUUGAACAAGUACCUAUACCAUUUACUAAAGAAGAAAGAAAGGAAUGGUUGAGCAAACUAAAUAACGUAUCAUUAUCAUCAGAUGCAUUCUUCCCAUUCCCUGAUAAUAUCUAUAGAGCAGCUAAAUCAGGUGUUAAAUUCAUUGCAGCUCCAACUGGUUCCGUUAUGGAUAAAGUCGUUCUAAAUGCGGCUGAUUCAUUUGAUAUGGUAUAUGUAGAGAAUCCAAUUCGUUUAUUCCAUCAUUGA